UCCUGUUCUGGUUACCCCGCACUUCGUCUCCAAGACCCCUUUUAAACGAGGGCAGCUGUCUACCUUUGAAUGCUGUGUGCUAACAAAGUAAACAACAUUAUACUGCUUGCUCAGUUUAAUAGAUGUCGACUUUGUUUCAGAUGCUUGUAUAAAGCCCUGGUCGCUCUCUAACUUCAAUAAGAAGGUUCCUUUACCCACCUAUCACCUGUUCGACGGCAGGAGACUCACUCAUAUCCUCACAUGUAUGCUAGGUUUACAUACCGGAUUCAAGAACCGAUUAAUGGCAGCUACCUAGAAGUAUCUCUUGAUUGAUCGUGGUUGCAUGACCAGUACAUCUUUCCAGAAGCGAAAUUGGAGAUAUAUUCGUCUGGCCUUGUGGUGGGCUAGUGCAAGACUUCCCCAGUGUAUCGUCAACAGCGAUAGACAAUUCAACCUGGCCAUUUUAUCAGAUUCCCGCCAAGUGCAAGUGGAUUCCAAGUUGAUUUUAGAUCACCUGAGGACAAGGCAGGAAUAGUGAGAUCUUACAAUGCCACUAGGGCGAUGGCGUCGACCCCCCCUUAUGUGCUUCUCGCUUGUUGAGCCCCACAUCCUCUGUUGUCAACCUUAAAUGUUGAAAGAAAGAUAUUGAAAGUUCUUGGUCGAUCAACGUUGUGAGCUUUAAUGAGUUAGGUUCUAAGGAGCCGAGAAAUAUCUACUGACUCUAUCAAUUGCUGCUUCUUGAAGAUCUCGAGAUGGUGGAUCAACAGGGUGUAUCCCUGAAGUUGAUCUGGCUUUGUAGCUCGUCAGCAAGCGGCUCCACCAACGUCAGCACUAGGAAAUGCCUUAACAUCACUUCACUUCAUCUCACUUCAUCGUCCAAAAUCUUCUGCCUAUACGAUCCAGAAUUCUCUUAGACGUAGGAAGGUGCUGUAUAUCAGACAGUUGUAUAUUUGUCCUGAUUCUGUCGAAUUGCCAAGAUGUUGUCAACAGCAGACCUGCCCAAGAAUUGGGUUUGGAUGGGCGUCAGCACUGCAGGUCUCUACCUCAUCUACUUCAUCGUGAAAUUCAUCAACCAUCGAAGAUUCUACAAAAACUUGGUACGUGUCCAUCCUCAGUCUCAUUGCACCAAUCUCCCAGCUCUCAAUGAAAUAGCUAACAAACAAAAGCCCACACCACCGCACUCCAUGAUCCUCGGUAACCUCAAAGUUGUCGGCGAAGCCAUGAAGCGCUACCCACCCGACAUCCACCCCCAACCCAUGUUCACCGAAAUGGGACAGGAGAACAACCUCCGCGGCAUCUUCUACGUCGACCUCUACCCGUUCUCGGAACCCAUGGUAUUCAUCACCGACCCCAGCGUCGCCAACCAAGCGCAAACCUCACCAAACUUCUUCCGACACCCAUUCGUCAACUCGUUCCUCCGGGGCGUCGUAGGCACGAAAAGCAUCUUCUCCACUAACGGCGCAGAGUGGUCUCGUCAGCGAUCGUGGUUUGCGCCGGCGUUCUCGCUGGCGCAUCUGUUGAAGUUGGUGCCGGGGAUGAUUGAGGAGAGUUUGGUGUUUAAGGAGAAGUUGACGAAGUUUGCUGUUUCGGGGGAGGUGUUCUCGAUGAAUGACGCGACUAUGAAAUUGGCGAUUGAUUUCAUUGGACGCACGGUUGGGGAUAUCCAUUUGAAGUCUCAGACGCAGUAUAGUCCUAUCCAGGACAGUUUUGCUAAGGCGUUGAGCUGGACGGCAGGACAGACUGAUCCGAUGUGGAAGAAAGUGCUGAGUCCGUUGAUGAUGGAUUGGUAUACGAGGAAACUAGACGGGAUGCUUGGCGAGGUUAUCAAGGAGAAGUAUAGAGUUGGGAGAGAUGAUGGUGUUGAGAAAAGUAUCUUGGACUUGGCGCUGAAAGGAUACUUGAAGGAUACAGGCAAGUCCGGAGGAGCCGAAGCCGUACGACCAGAUCUUGAUCCCGAUUUCAUGAAAAUUGCACUAGACAACGCCAAAACCUUCUUCGUAGGCGGCCACGACACCACCGCCUCCCUCAUGACCUACCUCUUCUACUACCUCUCCAUCAACCCCACCUUCCUCUCCCGCAUCCGCACAGAACACACCACCGUGUUCGGCCCCUCCCUCUCAACCACCAUCUCAACCCUAACCUCCCAGCCUCACCUCCUCAACAAACUCCCCCUCACCAGCGCCCUCAUCAAAGAAGUCCUCCGUCUGCACCCCGUAGGCUUCACAGUCCGCAAAGCCGCCCCAGGAACAACGGUGACGUUUGAAGGGAGGUCCUACCCCAUGGAUAAUCAUGUUAUCUGCGUGCUGGCCUCGGCUAUGCAUCGCGAUCCGGAGAUUUGGGAGAGGCCGGCGGAGUUUGAUCCGGAUAGGUUUUUGAGUCCUGAGACGCAUUCGAUGGAGGCGUGGAUUCCGUUUGAGAAGGGGAAGAGGGAUUGUAUUGGUCAGCAGAUGGCUACGCUGGAGGUUAGGGUUAUGGCUGUGUUGACGGUGAGGUAUUUUGAUUUUGAGGCGGUGUUUGGAGAGCAUGGGUGGAGUGUGCCCGGGUGGGGUGGGAGAGCGUACCAGGAGUUGAAUAUGAGUGCGAAGCCGAAGGAUGGUAUUCCGAUGAGAGCUUAUUUGAGAAGCGAAUAAGAGUUUAGAAGUAAAGACUUUUUCGUAGGAAUGUCAUUAAUGGUAGAUUUAG